CAUCCACGUUUCUAUUUAGUAGAUACGAUUUUAUGUUCUCUUUGGCAGUUUCUGUUUAUUUAAUUUCUCAUAGAUUUUUCGUGUAAUGCUGACAUAAAAGGAUUGCACUUAAAAGAUUAUCGUUCUCUCUGAUAACACGAAUAUACUGCUUCAGCUCUUGGAAUGCUCCUUCUCUGUAACUAAAUUUGUGUAAGGAAGCACCAGUGAGGGGGGAAAAAAGGAAGAUUCGUCAGUUACAGAAAAAGUCGGGGUUCACAGAGAAUGUCUUUAUUUAAAGCCCGGGAGUGGUGGUCUACAAUAGUGGGCAAUAAAGAAGAAUUUGAUCAAGGAUGUUUAUGUGUUGCAAAUGUUGACAAUAGCAGUAGUGCACAAGAUAAAAUUAUUGUAGGCAGUUAUAUGGGAUUUCUUAGAAUCUAUAAUCCCCAUCCUAUAAAACCAGGACAUGGUAUGCAAGCUGAAGAUAUGCUCUUGGAAACACAAUUAUGUGAGCCAAUAUUACAAGUGGAAGUAGGAAAAUUUGUUUCUGGCACAGAAUUGCUUCAUCUGGCUGUAUUGCAUUGCAAAAAAUUAUGUGUCUACGCUGUCUCAGGAAGCUUAGGAAAUACAGAACAUGGCAAUCAAUACCAACUAAAACGUAUGUAUGAACACAAUCUUUAUCGAACAGCAUAUAACAUGACACAUGGACCAUUUGGAGGUAUAAAAGGUCAAGAUUUGAUCUGUGUACAGUCUGUGGAUGGAAUGCUUAUGUUGUUUGAACAAGAAAGCUAUUCGUUUGGACGUUUCCUUCCUGGCUUUCUUCUUCCUGGUCCACUGACAUAUAGUUCUAGAACAGAUUCAUUCAUUACCAUCUCUUCCUGUCAACAAGUUGAGAGUUACAGGUAUCAAGUACUUGCAUUAGCAAAAGAUGCUGAAACACAAGAAACUGAGCAACAAAAAAUUGGAUCUGGAAAAAAACUUGUGGUGGACUGGAUUUCAAACAUUGGGGAACAAGCCCUGGACAUAUGUGUUGUUUCAUUUAAUCAGCUUGUUUCCGGCAUAUUUGUUCUUGGGGAGAGAAAUUUUUUUUGCUUUAAGGAUAAUGGACAAAUUCGGUUCAUUAAAAAGCUUGACCACAGCCCAAGUUGCUUUCUUCCAUACUCAGUGUCUGGGACUGCCAUAAACACACUGAUUGGAAAUCACAACGGUAUCCUACAUAUUUAUCAAGACAUGACUCUAAAAUGGGCAACUCAGCUUCCUCAUAUUCCUGUGGCAGCAAGACUGGGCAAAUUACUAAAUUUGAAAGGUGUGAUUGUUACACUGAGUGAUAGUGGCUAUCUACAAUGUUCUUACCUUGGUACUGAUCCUUCUUUAUUUCAAGCUCCUAAAGUUGAAGCUAGGAAUAUUAAUUAUGCAGAAUAUGAUGUAGAAAUGAAUAAACUUCAGAAAAUCAUUAAAGAAGCCCAGAAAAUUAAAGAUAUCCUGCCUAAGUCUGAAAAAAGUGAAGAUUUUGCACUUGGUGUGACAGUCUUGCCUGAUCUGGAUACAGUUUCUCAAGCUGUUGACAGUGAAAUUAAAGCAGAGGUGAUUCCUUCUGUGGUGAUAAAGAUUGAAGUUGAAAGCAGAGUACCAACACUUACAAAAUUAACAGUAUGUGUCCCAUGUCCUUUAUCAUUGACCAAAAACUCCUUCAUUUUAGAAUUAGAAUCUUCUGUAUCUAAAACAGUUGUACUUUCUGCUUUUCGAAAAGGGAAUUACCUACCAGCAGAUUUGGAAGGUAGUGUUAUAGCAUCAUAUAAUACAGCCACAGGUGCACAAAGGGUUGCCCAAUGCAAAUUCCGCUUACCUUUGCGGCUGGUUUGUUUUCCUGCUCAGCCUUCAAAAACAGCAAGCCAGAAGUUAACUAUUGAUACCAACAAACCUACAGUCAACUUUAUUACUCUUUUUUCAGACUUUGCUAAUCAGAUUGAUGAAGAUCAACUUAAUGUUUUAGGAUUUCAAUUAUUAACUGGCUCCAGAAUCACUUUACUUGCUUCAAAAACUUCUCAGCGUUACAGAAUUCAAAGUGAUCAAUUAGAAGACAUUUGGCUAAUUACAAAAGAACUCACUCUUCGUCUUGAGCAACACUUCAAGAGGCAAAAUUCCAAAGAUUUUGUAUGUACUUUUUCUGGUCCAAUCCCUUUACAAGACUAUUUUGACAUAAUUGAUCACCAUUUUGAGCUGCGUUUGAACGCUGUGAAAUGUGAGCAACUAUUAGCUGAAAGAGCCAUACAAUUUAGAGCUAUUGAACGGCGUUUACUGACAAGGUUUAAAGAUAAAACUCCAGCUCCACUUCAACAUCUGGACACCUUGUUAGAAGGAACGUACAGACAGGUAAUAGCUCUAGCAGAUGCAGCUGAAGAAAACCAAGCCAUUAUGUUCCAGGCAUUCACAAAAUUAAAAAGUGCCACCCAGCUGGUAAUCCUGCUAAUUAGUCUAUGGCAAAAACUGAAUGUUGACCAAAUUGCUAUUCUGGAAGCUACAUUUCUGCCAUUAACACAGAAUACUCAAGACUUGGGUUGGGAAGAAAGUGUGGAUGCUUCUAUCUCUCAUUUGUUAAAAACAUGUCUGUCCAAGAGUUCUAAAGACCAUGCUCUUACACUUUUUAAUCAAUUAUGUAUCCCCAAGGAUACUAAUAGAUUGAAGAAACACAUAACUUUACUCUUCGAUAGACUGGCAAAAGGUGGUCGUAUGUCUCUAAACACAGACCUAGACUGUCACCAACCUAUGCUUUUGUCAGGUGGCUGUGAUACUAUCCCAGAGUCUGAUUUUGAGGAAAGACCAGCCACACAAAACUCAACAAAUUUUGUCAAUUACAGAAAUCUGGAUAAGCAAGAUAACAAACCUGGGUUCCAAGCAAGCAAUGAUGAAUCUGGGUUUCUCAAGGCCCUUUGUAUAAGAUGCUUAGAAUUAGCUUCACAUCUGGAGUUGGUCCAUUCUUCCUAGUCUCUCUAAUAUCUUCCAGUUUUAACUGCCUACUCAUUUUGGGCAAAGUUUGCACUCUCGAGAGAGAUCAUCCAAGGUGUUCCGUGUUGAAAAGCAAGUUUUUAAUCCAAGGGUAUUCUUGGUCUCAUGGCUUCUUUGUAGAGCAAGCAAUAUAUUCCAAUCAAACGGUGAAAGUGAUAGUAAACGGAGAAAUAACAGAAAAUUUUAACAUAAACAAGGGUACAAGACAAGGAUGUCUACUAUCCCCUCUUUUAUUUAUACUAACCCUAGAGGUCUUACUUAGACAGACCAGAGAAGACCCAGAAAUAAAAGAUUUGAAGAUUAAAAAAAGAACAACACAAAGUACAAGUUUUUGCAGAUGACCUAGUAUUUAUUUUGGAGGAACCCCUAGAAAUAGGACCCAAAUUAAUAAAGCAAAUAGAAGAAUUUGGUGCAGUGGCAGGACUUAAAAUAAACAAGGAAAAGACCAAGAUAUUGACAAAGAACUUUACAAAUAAACAGAAAAUCAUACUGACGGAAAAGUUGGAUAUGCAGAUAACUAAAAAAGUUAAAUACCUGGGAAUUUGGCUGACAACAAGAUGUACAUCCAUUAAAGAAGACAACUAUACUAAAUUAAUACAGCAAAUAAAGACAGAUCUGGACAAAUGCAAAAAUUUACAGCUGUUGUUGGUCAGAAGGAUAGCCACAACAAAAACAAAUAUUCUACCGAAAUUGCUAUUUUUGUUUCAAGUAAUUCCAAUAAAAUUAGGAAAAAACUUUUUUGAAGAUUUAAAUAGACUGACGUUAAAGUUCAUCUGGCAAGGCAAAAAACUAAGAAUCAAAUUGAAAAUGCUACAAGAUACCAAAAACAAGGGAGGUUUGGGCUACCGGACUGGGAGCUGUAUUAUCAGGCCUCAGUGCUCACAUGGGUGAAGAAGUAGAUAAAUUUGAAGAACAAAAGAAUAUUGACAAGAGAAAGGCAUGAUUUACAAUUGGGGUGGCAUGCAUUUGUAUGGUACAGGAAAAGUAAACCACAUAGAUACUUCCAAAGACACUAUAUUAGAAAUGCUCUGUUGUCUGUAUGGGAAAAAGUCAAACAGAUUCACUAUAUGAAAAUAGUGGUCUGGCUAUUCUUGAUGGAAGAACUAAUAUACCUUAAUGUUUUAGAUCUGGAUAAAAUUGUAAGGUACAAAGAUACACUAAAUGAACAAGGGGUUUUAAAAUCAAAACAGGAAAUAAAAAAUCAGGGAAUUGAUUUGGACUGGUGGCCACAUAUUCAAAUAGAAAUGAGACAUAAGAAAGAUACAGAGAUAUAUGGAUUUUAUAAGAAACCCCAAGAAUUGGACAAGAUACUGUUAGGGACAAAUGAAAAACUAAUAAAGAAAAUUUAUAAUUACCUAUUGAACUUUAAAAUGGAAGAAGAAUUUAUAAAAGAAACCAUGAUAGCAAGGGCAAAAUUUUUUGGGUAUACUAUAUAAUUAGAUAAUAGGCAUAAUAGGAUAAUUAGAUAACAAUGUCAACGGCAUACAAAGAAAACCUGUACAAAAUAUAUGUAAAAGAUUUGAAUUAAGAGAUAUAUGUAUGGGGGAGGAGGAAAUGGUUAGAUUAUGAGUUGAAAUUGUUAAAUUAGGAUUUAUUAUAUAAUUUUACAGCUGAAUGUUGUUUUGAAAUGCAUAGUAUAAGGGGGAUAUAAUAAUAUUGUUAGAAGGGUGGAGAUAGGUUAGCUUACUGAUUGUUUAGUUUAGGAAAAGGGAUAUUAUGCUAUAUUAAUAUACAUAAAAGAUUUGAAUUAAGAGAUAUAUGCAUGGGUGAGGAGGAAAUGGAUAGAUUAUGAGCUGAAUAGAUGAAAUUGCUAAAUUAGGAUUUAUUAUAUAAUUUUACAGUUGAAUGUUGC